AUGGGCGCUUCACAAUCGUCGUUAAAUUCCCACGGCGACCGGGGUCAUGCAGGUCAAAGUUCAAGGACAAGAGGUUUCGGCGAUGGGGUGGUGUGCCGGAAGAGAAGUAGAGAAGAUGGCAACGAUGAAACAGAUGAUUUGGAAAUAAAAAGGCUGAAGCUGGAAUCAACGAUGGAAUACAUGUACAGCACUCUCUAUUGCAACGGAGAAUACAGUGACGUCACUGUCGAGGCCUUCAACAAGCAGUGGCACCUUCACAAACUAUGCCUGUCCAGAGUGGAUUUCUUCAAGAAUAUAUUCAAGGGUGGUUGGUCUGAAUCCCUUUCGAAUAAAAUAAUAUUUAAAUUUUCUGAUGAGUUGAUAACUGAAGAAGCUUUUUCCAAAACAUUGGAAUCUCUGUACACGGGCAACAUAGAUUUAAAUCUAUCCAAUGCUGCAAACGUUCUGGCUGUGGCUUCCUGGUUUGGCAUGGAAGAUUUGAUGGAACUGUCCACUGAUUUUCUAACUGAAAUACUAUCUUUUGAUACGGUUGUGCAGAACAUUGAGCUUUCAAAAAGAUAUAACCGACCUGAAUUGAAAAGUCUGUCAGUCAAAUUUUUAGCUUACAACUUCUUCAUAAAGCGGUCCCCCAACUUAAUCCGAAAUAUUAAUGUGGAUUUGAUGCAGGAAAUUUUGACGAGCAAGCACCUGGCGGUCAUGAACUUGGAAAAAGACGUUUAUUAUUUACUCAAAAAACACUCAAAACUACGAGAACUUCAAUAUGAUAAUUUCACACCUAGCAAAAGUUCCAUUACACAUGAUACUUUCGGUCUGGGUGGCCUGUGGUUGUUUCUAAAGUUGAAUAAAGAUUGGAAUGGUACUGAACAUGAACUGAACUUUGCGUGCGAACAGUUUUUCAAAGACUUCAAACACUCUGGAACACCACCCUUUCCAGCUGAAACAUCAUCAACAGAGAUUGUCAAGGAACACUCUUUUUUGGAGACUAAAGAAGGAUCCGUGUACCAAAAAGCUUUUGAAUCUUUGAGGAUGGAACACGCCAUUUGCUCCAAAAAAUUUUGUCAGAUUGUUAAAGCCGACAACAUCAUACCAAAAAGCUGGCAAAUGUCCGCUUAUGAUACACAAUGGUCAAAGGUUAUAAGCUUAUUGAACCACGGAGCGCUAUUGUGUGCAAACACACCAUACUCGGAUGAACUUUUUGAAAAAACAAGUGUUAGGUGCGGAAGGGAUUUUAAAAAAUCUGAUUUAUACUGUUGGAGCUGGGUUGGCCUCAAUUAUGGCUGUGACUUGGUUUUUUCAUGGGAUCAAAAGUACGAAUAA